ACCCCCCGUCACGUGCCUCCGGUCGCCGCCGCCGCGCGCACCGGGGGGAGGCGGGAGCGGCGGAACAUGGCAGCGCUGGGGGCUGCCUCCCCCGGUGGGGACGAGUGUCUGGAGGAGGACGAGGACGAGCUGGAGCCGGGGCUGGACGAGGCGGAGGCGGAGCCGGAGGCCGGGAGCGGGGCGAAGGCGGCGGGGGGCACCCGGGGGGCCCUGCUGACCCGGCGGGGAAUCACCCUCCGGGUCCUGCUCCGGGACGGCCUCCUGGAGCCCGCCCGUGGUGUCCUCUCCAUCUACUACCUGGGCAAGAAGUUCGUGGGGGACCUGGGUGCAGAUGGGACCAUCACCUGGCAGGAGACAGGGCAGGUCUUCAACUCGCCCAGCGCCUGGGCCACGCACUGCAAGCGCCUGGUGAACCCUGCCAAGAAGUCCGGCUGCGGGUGGGCGUCCGUGCGCUACAAGGGGCAGAAGCUGGACCAGUACAAAGCUGCCUGGCUGCGGCAGCACCAGCCCAACGCGCCGCCCGCCGACGAGAGCCUGGCCAGUGAGGGUGAGGAGGAGGACAUGCCUGAGGAGGAAGAGGAGGAGGUGCCGAGGGAGGGUCGGGUGCCCGUGCCAGAGCCGGCAGUGGCCAAAAAACCAGAGGAGAAGAGCAAGAAGCAGCAGUGCAAGAGCCUGGUGGAGCCAGCAGGGACAGAUCCUGGCCCCCCGGGGAAGAGGCUGGAGAGCAAACCCCGGGUGCCCGUCCGCUACUGCACCCUGGGCACCCGCGACUCGGCCAGGAACCCCCAGACCCUGGUGGAGGUGACGUCCUUCGCUGCCAUCAACAAGUUCCAGCCCUUCAACGUGGCCAUUUCCAGCAACGUUCUGCUGCUCCUGGACUUCCACAGCCACCUGACGCGGAGCGAAGUGGUCGGCUACCUGGGGGGGCGGUGGGACACCAACACCCAGCUGCUGACGGUGCUCCGAGCCUUCCCCUGCCGGACACGCCUGGGGGAUGCUGAAGCUGCCAGCGUGGUGGAGGAGGAGAUCUGCCAGAGCCUGUUCCUGCGGGGGCUGUCGCUGGUGGGGUGGUACCACAGCCACCCCUUCGGGCCUGCCCUGCCCUCCCUGCACGACAUCGAUGCCCAGAUGGAUUAUCAGCUCAAGCUGCAGGGCAGCGGCAACGGCUUCCAGCCCUGCCUGGCCCUCAUCUGCGGGCCCUACUACCCUGGCAAUCCCGGCGUGGAGUCCAGAAUCGCCCCCUUCUGGGUGAUGCCCCCCCCCGAGCAACGGCCCAAUGACUACGGCAUCCCCAUGGAGGUGGAGGUGGCCUACAUCCAGGACGGCUUCCUCACCAACGACGUCCUGCAGGAGAUGACGCUGCUGGUGGAGUUCUAUAAAGGAGCUCCUGACCUGGUGAAGUUCCAGGAGCUGUGGAGUCAGGACCAGACCUACCUGGACAAGCUGAAGGGCUCCCUGGCCUCCCGCACCCCCAAAGACCAGAGCUUCACCCACAUCCUGGAGCAGAUCUACAGCCUGCUCAAGCUCAGCAGCUGAGGGGCUGGGAGCCCCUUCCCCCCUGUUCAGCACGGGGCAGGGACCCUCUCCCAGCAGCCAGAGCUCAGCUCUGCAGCCCCCUCCCCAGCGGCAGGGG